AUGGAGUGGAAAGUCAAGGUGCUGUUGGGAAGUCGAUCUCUGCCAGUGUUUCGUAAAGACUAUGCUACCAAAUUUUAUUUCCCUCGUUUUUUUCGUUUCCAAAAAUGGGAAAAUGAAGUUAAGCAAAAGACAAACAGUCGUGAACCUUCGUAUCGUUACAUAACAGUACGGGAGAGUAUUGAUGCGAUUCGGCAACGACUCAAUGAGCAGCAACAAACGAACGCUGCCUGCUCUUGUCAAACUGCACCCGCGGGCACUAGGCCAAUUCGGGAACACUAUUACUCAUCAAUUGGUGGCGGAAGCGACUAUGAGACGUUGAAUUCCGAAGCUGCAAGCGGCAAUGCUUGCAUUACUGUUGAUGAAGAAGGAGCGCCGAGGCCGCCUACUUCUCCAAUUCCUGUGCGCACAAAUGUCGAAGAAGACGGAAAUUCUAUCUCGCCAUCAUUUUCAGGUUGUGCUCGAACAGCGAAUUUUGGCAGUAGCUACAGUACCACUACAGAAAAAAUUCGACAACUCCGAUCGAACUUUUUUGACCCAGAACUAAAACUGCCGAAAGAAUUGGAGCAUGCACCUUCAUCCGGCCGUCAUUUCGAACCUCCUAAAAAGGCGUUAAAUAAACAGUUGACUUUCGGGACUAAUGACUGGAAGACGAAUCCGGCGAGCAGUAGCUUCUGCACAAUCCAUCGGUCGGUCGAGGGCACCAGCUCAACGAGAACUAGGAAUCUGACAUUUCGCAGCGCAUCUUUUUCCAGUGAUUUCCCAGCAUUUAGACAAAAACUGCGUAACCAUUUUGGUCACAGAAGUGCUCCCGGUGAUUCGCGGUCACGGAGUUUUCAUGGUUCAAACAUUUUUGCGUCAAAACGGCUCAGUUCGGAGGAGCUGAUGGGUCGGAAUGAUGUUGUGCUUGCUGUUUGUGAAAUGGACGAUGGACAUUCGUCUGGUUUAACAAUGUGUCAGAAUGAAAAUCAA